CUUUUUUUUUUCACAAAACCCGUGCUCGUCAUCGUCAACCGCUCCCAAACACGUUGCUUUCACCCCGUUUCAAAUUUAGCCAAUCACGAAAAAACCUGCCUCCAUAUAUUCUUGUCCCAGAAAACAAGAAAUUGCAACCAAUAAGACAAAGAAAAAAGUUGAAAAAAGAAAACAAGCCCCACUCGCGCCCCUUCCUACACGGCUACUACUCGCUACGCUGGGUCUCCGGCUCUCCGCACGCCACCAAAAGGAGCGGAGCGGGCACGAACCCGGCCAACCCAAGGCAACCAACCGCACCAAACCCAACCAGAAAGCCAAGACCUCCCCUCCCCUCCCAAUCAACCCCUCCGGCCCGCGCGCCGGCGUCCUCCUAUGCUCGCCGGCGACGGGCGCGGCCGCCGAUGCCCAGCGCCGAAGGACCGCUCCUCCGGCCGCCUCGGCCGCUUCCUCGCCGCGCUCCGCCCCUCCCGCGCCGGGCCCCUCCCCGUCCAGACCGGCUUCCCCACCUCCCUCGCCGACCUCGUCGUCAAGAACCAUGGCCGCCUCAAGAAGCAGCCCUCACCGUCCUCCAAGCGCGGGAGGCGCGCCGCUGCCGCCGCCGCCGCCGCUUCUCCUUCGCCGUCCCCCUGCAGUCCCACCACCUCGCCCUCGCCGUCACCGUCCCCGCCGCCCGCCUCUCCGCCUCCCCCGGCGGCCGCUGCCGCGGUCUCGCCGUCGGAUCGGCCGCGGCCCGACCUUCCGCCGGCCCAGCCCCCUCGCGGCUUCGGCCUGGGCUUCCUCGCGGUCAGCGGCGUGGUGUCGCUCGCGCUCCUGGUGAUCUGGAGCAAGAAGGUGGUUGCGGCCGUCACCGUCGCCGCCUUCUCGCUAUACCUGCUCGAGUCCGUGAGGUCGUCCUCGCUCCCCAGGCGGCGGCCCCGGCCCCGGCCCGGCCCGGGAGCGGCCGAGAGGCGGCUCUGCCUGGACGGCCGCGGCCGCGUCUCGCCGAUCCGGGAGGUCGAUGCGGCGGACACCGAGCCGUCGCGGCCCAGCUGCUCGGAUUCCGACAGGGCAAGCGAGGCCGAAGGGAGGAGCGGCGUCCUGGACGAAUCAAGCAACACGAAGGCCAAGGCAAGGAACAAGUCCUGGAAGAAGCUGCUCGCAGUCGCAGGCGCCAAGAAGCUGCAGAGAGGACGGAGGAGCAAGGAGGCGGAUUCGUCAGGCUCUUUCCGCAGCGACGGCGACCGGGAGGACGCUGCCACGGCAUGCGGCGGCGGCGGCAAUGCCAGGGCGGCGGAUUCCUCGGGCUCCCGCCGCGGCUCCGCCAGUCAAAGCGAUGUCCUCGCGGAGGAUGGCGCUGCCAGAGAGGCGGAUUCUUCGAUGGGGUCUCGCCGCAGCCAAGGCGUAGAGGUAGAAAUCGAUGCGGACGUCAUCGAGGUGGAGGAGGAGGAGGAGCAGGCAGGGACCGGGUUUCCCGCUCUAGUUCUGGUCGCCGUCGUCCUCGUCGGCCUGGUCGCCGGGAAGGCCGUGGCCCUGGCGCUCACCGUGCUCUGCUCCGCGUUCCUUAGCUCGGAUCGGAGAUCGCCUUGCGGCGGCGGCGGCGGCGGUUGCUCGCAGGGGAGGCGGUUGGAGCCUUCCAUGCCGUAGUAAUUAUUGUAAAUUAGUGGGCAACAGAUUUAAAGAGAAGAAAAGAUAGUGGUAGUUGAGUUCUUGAUGUUUGUUCAGUGGCCGUCGUUGUUCUUGCUUGCAUCCGUUUGUUGUAUCGGACCAACAAGUGCGAUCGCGAACUCAGCUCACCGCUAGAUUCGUGGUGAUUGGAUUGGUUCAAAAAAUCUGCUGCCACUGUCAAGUUGACAGUACGUUCA